AUGUCAGCUGCUGAAACCAACCAAGUUCAAGAGUCUUUAGAGAAAUUGAAUCUCGACUCUUCAUCAUCACCUGCUGCUGGUGGUGCCACUACCGCUACUACCACUAACAAUGCUGAGUCAUCCGACGCAACAUCUUCUUCCGUCCCAGCUGACUCAGCUGAAGAGCAAGGAGAAUCCAGUGGUAUUGCUGAAAACUCUGCCUCUUUGUAUGUGGGUGAGUUAAACCCAUCGGUUAACGAAGCAACCCUUUUUGAGAUAUUUUCCCCAAUUGGUCAAGUUGCAUCAAUCAGGGUUUGUCGUGAUGCAGUUUCCAAAAAGUCUUUGGGUUAUGCUUACGUCAACUACCACAAAUUGGAAGAUGGAGAAAAGGCUAUCGAAGAGUUGAACUACACUCCAGUUGAAGGCAGACCAUGUCGUAUUAUGUGGUCCCAAAGAGACCCAUCAGCAAGAAGAUCAGGUGACGGUAACAUUUUUAUCAAGAACUUGCACCCAGCCAUUGACAACAAGGCUUUGCACGACACCUUCUCGGCUUUCGGUAAGAUCUUGUCAGUUAAGGUCGCCACUGAUGACUUGGGUCAAUCCAAAUGUUUCGGUUUCGUUCACUACGAGACUGAAGAAGCUGCUCAAGCUGCUAUCGAGAGUGUUAACGGUAUGUUGUUGAACGACCGUGAAGUCUAUGUUGGUAAGCACGUUUCCAAGAAAGACCGUGAAUCUAAACUUGAGGAAAUGAAGGCAAAUUACACCAACAUUUACGUCAAGAACAUUGACUUGGCAUACACUGAAAAAGAAUUUGAAGAAUUGUUUGCUCCAUUCGGUAAGAUUACUUCCAUCUACUUGGAGAAAGAUGCUGAGGGUAAGUCUAAGGGUUUCGGUUUCGUCAACUUUGAAGAACACGAGGCUGCUGCUAAAGCCGUUGAGGAAUUGAACGACAAGGAAAUCAAUGGUCAAAAAAUCUACGUUGGCAGAGCUCAAAAGAAGAGAGAAAGAACUGAAGAGUUGAAGAAACAGUACGAGGCAGUCAGAUUAGAAAAAUUAUCCAAGUACCAAGGUGUUAACUUGUUUGUUAAAAACUUGGACGAGCAAAUCGACUCUGAGAAAUUAGAAGAAGAGUUUAAGCCAUUCGGUACUAUUACCUCUUCCAAGGUUAUGGUUGAUGAUGCUGGAAAAUCUAAGGGAUUCGGUUUCGUUUGUUUCAGCACCCCAGAAGAAGCUACCAAGGCUAUCACUGAAAUGAACCAAAGAAUGGUUAACGGUAAACCAUUGUAUGUUGCUUUGGCUCAACGUAAGGAUGUUAGACGUUCACAAUUGGAACAACAAAUCCAAGCUAGAAACCAAAUGAGAAUGCAAAACGCUGCUGCUGCAGGUGGCUUACCAGGCCAAUUCAUGCCACCAAUGUUUUACGGUCAACAAGGUUUCUUCCCACCAAACGGUAGAGGUAACGCUCCAUUCCCAGGUCCAAAUCCACAAAUGAUGAUGAGAGGCAGAGGCCAACCAUUCCCAGAACAAUGGCCAAGACCAGGUCCAAAUGGUCAACCAGUUCCAGUUUACGGAAUGCCACCACAAUUCCAAGACUUUAAUGGUCAAAACAUGAGACCUCAACAACAACAACAGCAACAGCAACAGCAACAACAGCAACAACAGCAACAAAGAGGUUACUACCCUAACCGUCCUGCAGGUGGUAAUGUUCCAGCCAAGGACUUGGCUGCUUUGAUUGCAAAUGCUCCACUUGAAGCACAAAAGAGAAUCUUGGGUGAAGAAUUGUACCAAAGAAUUGUUGCAACUGGUAAGGCCCAAGAGCCAGAGGCUGCUGGUAAGAUUACUGGUAUGAUGUUGGGUUUGGAAAACCAAGAAAUCUUGGACUUGUUGGACGAUGAGGAAUUGUUCAACAACCACUUUGAAGAAGCAUUGAAUGCUUUCGAAGAAUAUAAGAACUCAGAAGGUGCCAACGCUGCUACUGGUGCUCCAGCUCCUUCUGAGGAAGCAUAG